CUGGCCAUGUGAACACAACCAAAGGACUCCAGAUAAACGGGAAGCUGAGAUCAGCAGAAUCAACUGAAUAUCCUCACCACUGCUGUCUGUCUAAGACUUUAACUGGAAUAUAUUUUUGGGUACAUUCAGAUGAUCUCAAAUGUUUGGAUUUCUCUAUAGAGACAACUUGGACCGGUUGACAGAAUAGUUUUUAUUUAAGAAGAAAAGAAAGAGGCGGGUAUUUAAGUUCAGAGAGUAAAAUAGUUAUUGAGUAUUUUAAACAAUUUGUUUUCUAAGCUCUAUUGUAGAUACAGUGGAGUUAGUGUGUGGAGUCCAUACUGGGACUGCGGUGCCCAGGAGUCAGGACAGCAGGACGCUCCAGCGGGGCUCAAGGAUUCCUCUCAGCGUCAGCGCAUUACUUUGGUGAAUUACUCACGCUUUCUUCCCUCGAGCACCGCGGGUGACAACACGCCGGUGUCGUGAACAUGCUACAAAAUGGAAACGAGAAGAUGAAGCCGAUUGAAGCGCCAAAGGCUGAGGGAGAGCCGGACAACCCGCUGAAACAGCAGCAGCAGCAGCAGCCCGCGGCUCCCCCCGGCGACAGCGAGCCCACACACUUCCCCUUGCCCGAUUAUCCCAAAGUGGAGAUAAAGCGCCACGCAGUGACGGACGAUUAUAAAAUCUCCACUCAGGUUCUGGGUUUAGGGAUCAAUGGAAAAGUCCUUCAGUGCUUCAACAAGAAGACUGGAGAGAAGUGCGCUUUGAAGAUCCUCUACGACAGCCCCAAAGCCAGACGAGAGGUGGAGCUCCACUGGCGAGUAUCAGGAGGGCCGUAUAUUGUUCGCAUCCUCAGCCUGUAUGAGAACAUGCAUCAUGGGAAGAAGUGCCUGCUCAUCAUCAUGGAGUGUAUGGAGGGGGGAGAGCUGUUCAGCCGAAUCCAGGCCAGAGGAGACCAGGCCUUCACUGAGAAAGAGGCUUCUGAGAUUAUGAGGGACAUUGGCACGGCCAUAGAGUAUCUCCACAACAUUAACAUCGCGCACAGAGACAUCAAGCCAGAGAACCUGCUGUACACCAACAAAGAGAAAAAGGGAGUCCUCAAACUAACAGACUUUGGCUUUGCUAAGGAGACAACGCUACACAACCCUCUCCAGACCCCCUGCUAUACACCGUACUAUGUGGCUCCUGAGGUUUUGGGUCCGGAGAAAUAUGACAAGUCAUGUGACAUGUGGUCUCUGGGCGUCAUCAUGUACAUCUUGUUGUGUGGCUUCCCUCCAUUUUACUCCAACACGGGCCAGGCCAUUUCUCCGGGGAUGAAGAGGAGGAUCAGGAUGGGCCAGUACGAAUUCCCAAACCCAGAGUGGGCAGAGGUGUCACAGGAAGCCAAAGAUGUGAUCCAUCAGCUGCUGAAGACAGAUCCUAACGAGAGAAUGACCAUCACUCGAUUCAUGAACCAUCCCUGGAUUAAUAAGUCUAUGGUGGUUCCCUCCACUCCGCUCCACACCACCCGGGUCCUGACUGAAGACAGAGAGAUGUGGGAGGAUGUGAAGGAAGAGAUGACCAGCGCUCUAGCGACCAUGCGCGUGGACUACGACCAGGUCAAAAUCAAAGAUCUGGACACUUCCAGCAACCCGCUGCUCAACAAGAGACGCAAGAAGGCCGCUGCGGGAGCCAAGCCAAGCGGGUCCACGGUGUGCCAAAGUCAGUGAGACACAGAGGACUGUCCAGGCGGGACAGACAAUGAGGACGAAAAGCAGCUCAGAAGAAGGAGGAAAGGUUGAUUUGUGCAGGAGAGGAUCAUUUAGAGUUGCAGGUCGGGACUCUUGAGAGACUGGACGUUGAGGAAAAGUUCUCUGAAAUAAAGGGACAACAUAGGAACAAGUCAGAGCUGGACAUUUAUAAGACAUAUCAAGUUGUGAUCACAUGUUUCUCCAUGCCAAUCAACAGCUCUGCUCACUGUGGGUCCUGUUUUGAAUUAUUUUAAUGUAUGUCUUUUUUAGACCUUGCCUGUUUGUAAGAGUGUCUGUGUGCAGACAGGAAGUCUUUGUAGUGAUCAUGUUUUGUGUUUUUGAAUGCUGCGUCGCCUAUUUAAGGUUUGUAAUUAUGCACUAGCGUGGAAAUCACACGCACAGACAGAUAACACAAGUGUGGACAGACAGAAACUAGAACGCUCACCUGCGCAGUCUUAAGUGUUAUAGCAACGUCUCCAUGCACUUCAACCCAAGGGAGUAUUUUUAAUGGAAGCAACGAUAAAAUGGCCUCCACACGUUUUACCAAGCAGUACAUUUUACUCAACAUUGUGUCCUCUUUCUGCACAACCUGUCUGCUUCCUGUGAGUGUGAGGCCAGAGAGCUUUAUGUAAGUAGCCGUGGGGUAAUGGUUGGUUACAUGGAUGAGUUGUGACACUUUUUCUUGAGAAAGGUCUGUGUGUUUGUGGGUUGAGGAAAAUGCUUCCCGUAAAUAUGAGCUUCAGUUUCACUUCACAACAUAAGCAAGACAGUGCAGCCUUUUGAUAAUAACCUCGUCUGUCAGAUACCUCCUCUUCCUGUAGAGAUCCGAUUUGUGCAAACGGUUGUAAAUAAAACUUUAUAAAGUAAA